AUGCCUCGUAAGAUGCGAUCUCUUUUAUUAUCUGGUCAUAAGAGGAUCUUACUAGGCGGUAUCCUGCGACAGAGGCGUCUUCUGACAACCCUCGCAAUUGAAACAUCAUGCGACGACACAGGCGUCGCUGUCCUUCGUCACACCUCACAGUCAACAGAACUUCUCUUCAACGAACGCAUAUCCUCUGAUAACCGCGCUUUCAAAGGAAUUCACCCUAUUGUAGCAGCGAAAGGCCACAGCGUAGCUUUAGCGCCGCUUGUUCGUCGUGCGCUGGACGCUUUACCAGCUGCAGAAGAUGGGGACAAUAAGAGUAUCUGUUACGCUAGUGGCGUGAGAAAACAGGUCCCGGACUUUGUGUCUGUAACUCGCGGACCUGGAAUGCGUUCGAAUUUAGGAAUUGGCUUGGAUAUGGCAAAGGGACUGGCUGUUGCUUGGGACGUACCGUUGGUGGGUGUUCAUCAUAUGCAGGCUCAUGCUCUGACACCACGACUGGCGAGGGCGUUGGGAAUGAGUAUGGGUGAAGCAGAAGAGUCUAGAAAAGGGCCAGAGUUUCCCUUUCUCUCUCUUCUUGUUUCCGGAGGCCAUACUCAGCUUGUUCACUCAACAGGUCUGACAGAUCACUCCAUAAUCGCUACGAGUGGCGAUAUUGCCAUUGGAAACCUCCUUGACCAGACAGCUCGUGAUAUCCUACCGCCUGAGAUAUUCGAUGCAAGCGAGCAUGUUAUGUACGGUCGUCUUCUAGAAGCCUUUGCCUUUCCACCAGGCGCUGAUAAAACUUCUGCUUACGAAGCUGUCUUUACGCCGCCAGCUUCUCGUUCUGAAGAAAUGACUCCUCUAUCCACAGGCUACGACUGGAACAUCCCCACGCCUUUUCGACAAAGUCGCAAGCUCGCUUUCUCUUUCAGCAGUAUCUAUACCCACGUCCAUGACAUUGCAACAGCCCGCCCUUCCAUGUCCAUUCCUGAACGCCGUGCUCUGGCACAGCACACCAUGAUGGCAGCAUUCGUGCACCUUGCAGGGCGACUAUGUAUCGCUCUUGAUGAUAAACCUGAGCUACAGGCUGCCAAGACCCUCGUCGUGGCAGGUGGUGUUGCGAGCAACAAGUUUCUCAUACAUGUUCUACGGUCCAUGCUGGCUAUCAGGGGCUACGAGGGAAUGGAGAUUGUUGCACCACCCGUGGAGCUGUGUACCGACAAUGCGGCCAUGAUAGCUUGGACGGGCAUAGAGAUGUUUCAGGCCGGGUACGAGUCUGAGUUGAGUAUCACGGGGAUUGGGAAGUGGCCUAUGGAUCCUGAGAUUGGAGAGGGGAUAUUGGGUGUCGAUGGCUGGAUAAAAAGAGACUGA